AGCUUUUCUGACGAGGUGGCUGGCGAGGCCGCCUCGUCGCUGGCUGCGCCCCCGUGGUUGGCCGUCCCGCUCGACUCGGGGGCCGCGCAGAGCGCAUAAAGGGGACCCAGCAAGCCGAGCGGAGGCGCAGCGUGGCUGGGCGAGCCCACCGGCAGGUCGGGCUGCCCCCUCGCCCCUUCCUUCCUUCCUCCCUUCUUUCCCCGGGAGGGAAGCCGAGGAGGCGGCGGCGCGGGAACAUCAGCAACCGGGAAGGGGCGGAGAAGGAGGAAAAGGACGGCCGGAUCGACGGGCGAGGCAGGCGAAGGAGGCGCCGGCCGAGCCCACAGCUUCGCGAGGACUCGACGGUCCCUGCCACCCACCUCCGGCCACCAGGUAAGGAAGAUGUAAAGCGGACUUCCAACCCAAGUCCCCAGAAGUGUGUUCAGCAAGCCCCAUAUUUUCAGCCGGGCAACGCCAGGCUCUGUUCACACGUUCCACAGAGGUCUGCUCGCUUCAUUGUAUUCCAAGGCUGGGGGACCCGGUGCUACAUCAGAACUGACAUCCAGCAACUGAUGUCUUGCAGAGGCGUUCUGGUCUUUCGAGGUCUGGAGAAUCUGGAACCUCCAGGUGAAUAGAGGAACCGCCUUCCCUUCCCCUCUCCCCCCAGAGGCUGCAAGCCAGCCAGCCAAGACAGGGCCUGCGUGCACCGCCAGCUCUCUGUCUCCCCAUUCAGAGAAGACCCGAGGACUACAAUGGAAGAGAAUGUGUUCAGUGUACAGCAGAUUCAGCCCAAUGUCAUUUCCGUGAAACUCUUCAAGCGCAAGGUUGGGGGUCUCGGGUUCCUGGUGAAGGAGCGUGUCAGCAAGCCGCCGGUGAUCAUCUCCGACCUGAUCCGAGGAGGGGCGGCUGAGCAAAGUGGCCUUAUCCAGACAGGGGACAUCAUCCUCGCCGUGAAUGGGCGCCCCCUGGUGGACAUGAACUAUGACACCGCUCUGGAGGUCCUGAGGAGCAUUGCCUCCGAAACCCACGUCGUCCUCAUCUUGAGAGGCCCAGAGGGCUUCACCACUCACCUGGAGACGACCUUCACCGGGGACGGGACGCCCAAGACCGUCCGAGUCACCAGGCCCCUGUGCGCCACCUCCCCCUCCGUGGUUGACCUCCCGGCCGGCCUCGGGAUCCACACCAAAGAUCCACGGCAAGGAGGUGACCAUACCAUGGGGGGCUCUGUCAGCUCUCGGUGCUCCCGGGAGAACGGGCAGGGGGAUGAGACCCUGGUGCACGUCAACGGGGUGAUCACCGGGUCCGUCCCCAAGGACUCUCUGAAAGGGAGCGGGGACGUUUCUGACCGUUGCCUCAACGGCAGCGUCGAGAACAGUGAACUGUUGAAAGAGAUCGAGCCGGUCUUGGACCUCCUGAAGAGCAACAGCAAGGAGCUCAACGGAGAUGCGCAGCCCAGGAUGGUCACAAGAGACGCAGAGGUCCAGGUGGAUGGUUUCCGGGAAGCAGACCGGAAGUCGCCAAAGGCUUUGCCAUCAGGAAUGGAGAACGACCGAGUCUUCAACGACUUGUGGGAGAAGACUGACGCAGCCUCUGUCGUGAGCAAGCCCUCUUCGGAUAAGGACCCGAUCUCACCCUCAGGCCGGCAGUCACCAACAAAGAAUGUGAUGAAUGGAAGCCCUUCCAAGUGCCCACGCUUUGCUAAAGUGCGCAACUGGGAGACCGGAUCGGUGCUCAACGACACUUUGCAUCUGAAGAGUACCAUGGUGACCCCCUGCAGUGAGCAAGUCUGCAUGGGUUCCAUUAUGAUGCCUUCCCAGCACGUCCGAAGACCUGAAGAAGUCCGGACCAAGGAAGAGCUCCUCCCACUGGCGAAAGAGUUCAUUGAUCAGUAUUAUUCCUCCAUCAAGAGGUUUGGCUCCAAGGCCCACCUGGAGAGGCUGGAGGAAGUCACCAAGGAGAUAGAAGCUACAGACACGUACCAACUGCGAGACACAGAGCUGAUCUACGGGGCCAAGCACGCCUGGCGCAAUGCCUCCCGCUGUGUGGGCCGGAUCCAGUGGUCCAAGCUGCAGGUCUUUGACGCCCGGGACUGCACCACGGCCCAUGGGAUGUUCAACUACAUUUGCAACCACAUAAAGUAUGCCACUAACAAAGGGAACCUCAGGUCGGCCAUCACCAUAUUCCCCCAGAGGACGGAUGGAAGACACGACUUCCGAGUCUGGAACUCCCAACUCAUCCGCUACGCUGGCUACAAACAGCUGGACGGCACCUUCCUGGGAGACCCGGCCAACGUGGAGCUGACUGAGAUCUGCAUACAGCAAGGGUGGAAGCCACCCAAGGGCCGCUUUGAUGUCCUGCCGCUCCUGCUUCAGGCCAAUGGCAACGACCCUGAGCUCUUUGAGAUCCCACCUGAGCUGGUACUGGAAGUACCCAUCAGGCACCCCAAGUUUGCCUGGUUCAAAGAGCUGGGACUGCAGUGGUACGGGUUGCCCGCGGUUUCCAACAUGCUGCUUGAAAUCGGGGGUUUGGAGUUCUCGGCUUGCCCCUUCAGCGGCUGGUACAUGGGCACCGAGAUCGGAGUCCGCGAUUACUGCGACAACUCUCGCUACAACAUCCUGGAGGAAGUUGCCAAAAAGAUGAACCUGGACAUGCGGAAGACCUCAUCGCUCUGGAAGGACCAAGCACUGGUGGAGAUAAACAUUGCUGUUUUGUACAGCUUCCAGAGCGACAAGGUGACCAUUGUGGACCACCACUCGGCCACGGAGUCCUUCAUCAAGCACAUGGAAAAUGAGUACCGCUGUCGGGGAGGUUGCCCGGCUGACUGGGUAUGGAUCGUCCCGCCCAUGUCCGGUAGCAUCACCCCCGUCUUCCACCAAGAGAUGCUCAACUACAGGCUGACGCCCUCCUUUGAGUACCAGCCCGAUCCAUGGAACACCCAUAUCUGGAAAGGCAUCAAUGGCACUCCCACCAAGAAGAGAGCCAUCGGGUUUAAAAAGUUAGCCAAGGCUGUGAAGUUCUCUGCCAAACUGAUGGGGCAGGCAAUGGCAAAGAGAGUCAAGGCCACUAUCCUGUAUGCCACGGAAACUGGAAAAUCCCAGGUCUAUGCAAAAACCCUGUGUGAGAUCUUCAAGCAUGCCUUUGAUGCCAAGGUGAUGUCGAUGGACGAGUACGACACUGUCCACUUGGAACAUGAAACUCUUGUGCUGGUGGUCACAAGCACCUUUGGCAACGGAGACCCACCUGAGAACGGGGAGAAAUUUGGCUGUGCUCUGAUGGAAAUGAGGAAUCCCAACUCCAACCUAGAAGAGAGAAGGAGCUACAAAGUGCGAUUCAACAGCGUCUCAUCGUAUUCGGAUGCUCGGAAAUCUUCGGCUGAUGGGCCUGAAGCAAGGGACAACUUUGAGAGCACCGGUCCGCUGGCCAACGUCAGAUUCUCCGUCUUUGGACUGGGGUCACGGGCCUAUCCCCACUUCUGCGCCUUUGCUCGCGCCGUGGACACACUCUUGGAGGAGCUGGGUGGAGAACGCAUCCUGAGGAUGGGCGAGGGGGAUGAGCUGUGCGGGCAAGAGGAAUCCUUCAGGACGUGGGCCAAAAAGGUCUUCAAGGCAGCGUGUGAUGUGUUCUGCGUGGGCGACGACGUCAACAUCGAGAAAGCCAACAACUCCCUCAUCAGCAACGACCGGAGCUGGAAGAGGAGCAAGUUCCGCCUGACCUAUGUUGCUGAAGCACCCGAACUGACACAAGGCUUGUACAGCAUCCACAAAAAGCGAGUCUUCGCAGCCCGGCUCCUGGCACGUCAGAAUCUACAAAGCCCCAAAUCCAGCCGCUCCACAAUCUUCCUACGGCUUCACACCAACGGACACCAGGAGCUGCAUUAUGAACCCGGAGACCACCUGGGCGUCUUCCCAGGUAACCACGAAGACCUGGUCAACGCCUUGAUCGAACGGCUGGAAGAUGCACCCCCUACCAACCAGCUGGUGAAGGUGGAGCUCUUGGAAGAGAGAAACACGGCUUUAGGUGUCAUCAGCAACUGGACGGACGAAAACCGCGUCCCUGCCUGUACCAUCUUCCAGGCCUUCAAAUAUUACCUGGAUAUCACCACCCCUCCCACGCCAAUCCUGUUGCAGCAAUUUGCAUUGCUGGCAACCAGUGAGAAAGAGAAGAAGCAGCUUCAGGUUCUCAGCAAGGGUCUGCAGGAAUACGAGGAGUGGAAAUGGUCCAAGAACCCCACCAUGGUCGAAGUCCUGGAAGAGUUCCCGUCCGUGCAGAUGCCGUCCACCUUCCUGCUGACCCAGCUCCCGCUGCUCCAGCCUCGCUACUAUUCCAUUAGCUCCUCCCCUGACAUGUACCCUGACGAGGUCCACCUCACGGUAGCCGUGGUCUCCUAUCGCACCAGAGAUGGGGAAGGGCCAAUCCACCACGGGGUCUGUUCCUCCUGGUUCAACCGGAUACAGGCGGACGAAGUGGUGCCAUGUUUUGUCAGAGGAGCUCCUGGGUUCCAUAUGCCACAAGACCCGCAGGUUCCUUGCAUCCUGGUGGGCCCUGGGACGGGGAUUGCUCCUUUCCGAAGCUUCUGGCAGCAACGGCUCUUUGACGUCAAACACAAAGGGCUGAAGCCGUGCCCCAUGAUGCUGGUCUUUGGUUGCCGACAGUCCAAGAUUGACCACAUUUACAAAGAGGAGACCUUGCUGGCGAAAAGCAGUGGUGUCUUCAAGGAGCUGUUUACGGCCUACUCUCGUGAGCCAGACAAACCAAAGAAAUACGUGCAGGACAUCCUUCAGGAGCAGCUGGCGGGAAUCGUCUACAAGGCGCUGAAGGAGCAGGGGGGACACCUCUACGUGUGCGGCGACGUCACUAUGGCUGGAGACGUCCUCAAGACCGUCCAGAGCAUCGGGAGGCAUCAGGGCAAGCUGACACCAGAGGAAGCCAGCGCUUUCAUUAGCAAGCUACGGGAUGACAACCGCUACCAUGAGGAUAUAUUUGGAGUCACCUUGCGCACAUACGAAGUGACGAACCGCCUCCGGUCCGAGUCGAUUGCGCACAUUGAGGAGAGUAAGAAAGACACGGACGAGUGA